AUGCCUCCAAUAGAUCAAGAUCUUGACGGCAACGGCUACUGGGACCAAGAGGAGGUGAAGAUGCUGUUCCUGAAGGAGUUGGACAAACUCUACCAAGCUGGAGUCCCCGAAGAUGACAUGAGAGAGAGAGCCGAAGAGAUGGAGCGCAUGAGAGAGCACGUGUUCCGUGAAAGCGACACCAACAGAGAUGGACUGAUCAGUUUCCAAGAAUUCAUGGAUCAAACGAAAAAGCCAGAGUUUGAGAGGGAUGAUGGCUGGGAAUCUCUGGACCAGCAGCAGAUGUACACUCCCGAAGAAUACGCUGAGUUCGAGAGGAGACGCCAGCAGGAAAUCGAGAAACUCAUCAAGGAGGGAAGAUUACCUCCACAUCCAGGCAUGAUGAUGCCUCACCAAGGACAGCUACCGCCACACCAUCAGGGUAUGAUGCCACCUCCACAAGGACAGCAAUAUUACCAAGGACAUCCUAAUCAGUUCAAUGAACAGCAAGGUGGGGGUCCUCAACAAGGUUACCAACAAGGAAUGCACCCUCAACAAGGAAUGCAACCUCAGCAAGGAAUGCACCCUCAGCAAGGAAUUCAAUCUCAACAAGGAAUGCACCCUCAGCAAGGAAUGCAACAUCAAGGAAUGCAACCUCAGCAAGGAAUGCAACCUCAGCAAGGAAUGCAACCUCAGCAAGGAAUGCAACCUCAACAAGGAAUGCAACCUCAACAAGGAAUGCAACCUCAGCAAGGAAUGCAUCCUCAACAAGGAAUGCAACAGCAAGGAAUGCCACCUCAGCAAAACAUUCAGCCUCAACAAGGUGGUCAUCCUCCACAGGGCAACUACCCUCCCCAAGGAAGUCAACCUCCUCAGCAGCCCAACUAUCCACAAGGUGGAAUUCCCCAGCAAGGAACUGCCAGUCCACCUCAAGGCGGAGUGCCUCAAGGCUCUUUCAAUCAGCACUCUAGUACCCAGCCUCCCAGUGUUGCUCCUCAGGGCAGUUUCCCUCACCAGCCUCAGCAAGGCUAUCCUCAGCAGCCGCCUCACCCCAACUCCCCGCAAUACGCUGCAAAUAUGGGCAGUCCUCCGCAGGUGAAUCAGGGGGCGCCGCCAUCUCAGAACAAUUUCCAUCACCCGAAUGCCAUGCCACAGGGCCAACCCAACUACAUUCCAAACAAUAUCCAACAGCAAAAACCGGUGCAUCCCAAUUCAAAGGAGAUCAAUGCCAACGCCAUACCCCAUUCAUAGUUCCAGCGUCAAUUAAUUCAGUCGGAAGGAAAGCAUAACUCUUUCGGUACCGCUCAGAGAAUAGGAACUAGAUAAGUUGUGGUAAACCAUGAGUCUGAUCUACCUGUUCCAUGAAAAAAAACGACAUAACAUCAAUUUACUUCACUAUAUUUUUUUAUUAUUAUUUUAUCAAUAUACCUGGGCAAUCCUAGACCAUUCGUGCAACAUUAGUAUUUAAUUUUGAUUUCACUCACAAACUACCAUUUAAAACUACUUAGAUACUAAUUCAGUUCAAAAACUAAGUUGUUAUCAAACUACUAUUUCAGUUCCAACUAUGUAGAAGUAUUGAUAAUGGAACUGUUGGAAACUGUUUGUGCAUCAUUGUUCAACAACUGGUCAGCAAUGAAUGCGAAAUAAUUUAAGUGAUGCUAUUUUCAAAGUUUUGCUGGAAACAAAAUCUAAACCUUUGAUUUCUGAAGAAUCUAUUUUCUGAUACGAACCGAGUAUGAGGAACUUCAUUUACUACAAUAUUAAUAACAAGAUAUAUUUAUAGAGAUCACGGGUAUGAUUACACUGCCAGGUUCAGUGAUGAGGAAGAUUUGAUUGAAUUUUUAAUUUUAUUUAAUCAUCAUUCUAUUAUUGCUUCAGUGCCCUAUUAAGUACAAUAGCUGACCUUGAGGUAAAACCAAACUUCUUGCAUUUGAGAAAAGAAAGAUCUUAGUGUAAGAUGUUCACAUCACCAUAAAUGCAAACUAUAGAAUGGAUCAUUUAUAUUUCAAAUUAAAAUAAUCCUCAAUGCUCAAAAUUAGUACAAAGUUACAUAACUCCAUGAGAAAAAUGGAAUUUCUCCACAUUGGCUUUUGAGGAAAAUUCUAUUUGUAUGACGAUGUUUGAAACCCAAAUACUAGUACAAAUCUAGAUCUUGAGAUUCAAUAUUUUUAUGAAUCUUGCCAUCUUAUUUUCCAUAUUAUUUGAUAACGUUCUUGUUGAGUUGUGGGAAAAUGUCUACUUGCAAACUUAUUUCGUUCCACAUACUUAUUUACUUGGUUGUAAUGGCAUUCUCAGUAAUCAAAUUUGAACUUCUAUUGUGAUAUUUAUUCGUAUUUCGUAUUAGUCAAGUGCAUUUGGUAAUUUUAUUUUGUUUGGCAUCAGCCGAUGACCAUCAUGAAUUCCUUUAUUAUAUGGCUAAGAGCAACGAUAAUCUUUCCUAUCCAUAAAAGACUUACAAAACAAAACAGUGUACAAAAUAAUGUAUCAGAGACGUUAGCAUAGUCGUUUAUUCUCUUACAAUAAUUUUUACAAGUACUUGUCAUUUCUUUUCUUUGUAUUUUUGUAUUCUUAUUUCUUGCAGUUCCUAUUGUCACAAAUCGUCAUUCACAAAACUGUAUUGACAUUCUGAGUGCCGGUUGCACGAAAGCCGGUCAAAUUUUAACAGUAAUUAAUUUCACGAGAACCAAUCAGAGAAGCCGACUUUUCUGAAAGGUCUUCUCUGAUUGAUUCUCAUGAAAUUAUUCACGGUUAAAAUUUAACCGGCUUUUAUACAACCGGGCUUUAGCUUUGAUUUCUCUCCAAAUCCUUGUAACACGUCUUGAAAUCUCCUUUUCUCUCAAUUAUCUACCUUUCAAAUUUUUGUAAAUCAUUUUUCAGGUUGUUUCAUAAAAAA